AUGGCUGGUCUUCGCAAUGUUGAGUUUGUUAUGUCACAGAGAGGAAAGCCCCAAGUCCCAUUUGAUGGUUAUCUUCACACUAAGAACGUCGAGAGACUGACUUGCGUACACUGGAAGUGUGUCAAGUCCACAUGUAGAGGAAGACUCACGACAGUAGGAACCGUGAUAAGGAAUGCUACAGAGCAUAACCAUGCCCCAUACAUCGUCACUACCUGGGCCGACCACGGAGCACGAUUCCCCCUACCACUGUGGAACCAUCACGGUACAACAGGUCCCAGGACGAACAACAACCUGGAAGGCUUUCAUAACCGACUCAACCGAGGUCUCCCUCACCGGCAUCCCAACAUCUACCGAUUUGUGGAGGUAGUCAGGAAGGUGGAACAGGCAGAACGAGCUAAGAUUUUACAGCUCGACUUUGGAGCAGCUCCAAGAGGCAGGAAGAGAGUGUACAGAGAGGUGGAGAACCGUCUCUGCCGCCUGAGGUGAGGCUAGACGACUUCAUCCAAGCAAAGGAGUUUGUAGGGUUGCUGGACACACCCCUUCGUCAGGCAGUUAAUUGCAGACCUUGGGCUUCUGCACAUGAUAAUGCCCUGAAAAAUAGCGUUACCCUUAUAUUAUUUUAAGAUAGCAGGACUACUGCUGAGUGCGCUAUUAAACAACCAACGACCUAUACUGGCUGCAUCACGGGACAAAAACAAGAAAAUGAAUAAGAACCACUAGAAGCAAUCAGCUUUAACCUAAAACUUGCAGUUCACUCAGUCCAUUACUUG